ACAUAUGACACAAUUGCCAUGGCGGUUUAUAGUAUAGGGAACAAUACGGGCGCUAUAAAAUGACCUGUGUUUAUGAAAGAUUAACUCUACGGGGCCAUGUUUGUGAGUUUAAGACAUUAUAUCUGAUCGCUACUUACUUAACGAAAUUCCUCGAACAAACGUCUGUAAUAUAUUGGCCCUGACCAGACAACAGUUUCGGAGAGGAAUGAUAAUCAGGCAGCAUUAUUUAAUUGUGCCCGGAAUUAUUUCACGUCAUACAUCUGAUGUGUGCUGUGGGAAAAAAGUAACAGGACUUCUUUUAAAAUUAAGUCAAAAUAAUGGCGGGUAAGCGACAAAUCCGUAUGCAGUCUGAAGGUGACGUCACAGGAAUGAGUGAAGAUACUUUAUCGAAUGCAUGCAUCAAAAACGAGUUAGAGAAAUGGAAACUUAUGAACGAAAUGCACACACUCAUGGUAGGAGAAAAACAGUCUUCUAUGGAAAAUAGAAGGAAUCUAAGGAAACUAAAAGAUGAAAUUACAAAAAUGCUUGCAGAAGGAUGUGUUUAUAAAUCACACGGAUUUCAAAAAUACGACCCAUUUGUUGCCAGUGCUGAUGAAAAAGAAAAUUUGGAAGAGGGAUUUAAAUCCAAUGGUUACAAUAAAUCGCUUUCAAUGGGAAGUUUCCCAUCAAUAACAGAAACAGGUAGCUAUGUGAAAUCAAAUUUAAAAUCAUAUGGAAGAAAAAGAGAUAGAAAAUCUAGUGAACGUUCGCUUAUGUCCAUUCCCAACACUCUGCCUACUAUAGACGUUUCCGAUAAUACCACAGCGCAAUUUGAAGACACUGACGACGAAAAUGACGUAGUUGAAACUACAGGAAAUUUGGCAUCUUCUUUAGCAUUGAGUUUCCAUGGUAUGGUCCUAUGGCGACAAAAAAUUCGUGACAGAAUAGUUGAAAAAGAAAGAGCAAAAACAGAACCCCCUGUUCGACACCAUCCAAAAGUCGAAACAAAAAACAUGACAAAUCGCUACAAAAGUAUGUUUGCAGGCAACUGUAGGACGUGUCAUGCAAUGAAAAAGUUUGUUGAAAAAGAGGCUACAAUAAUGAUAAAUCAGGUUGACUCGCCAUUAUAUCAAAAGAGGAUGUCACAAAUAGAAAAACUGAAAUUAAAAUGUCAAAUUCCGGAAAUCAUAAGAAGAGACAGGUCAACGUCAGCAAUAUUUCGAGACUUUGAAAGUUACAAGGCAAACAAGAUACAAGACAAGAAAAGGAAAGUGAAAGAAUGGCAGGUCUCACAAUGAAAAUGUUGACCGGAUAUAAUCUUUCAACGCACAUAUUGAUAAAAUUAGAUAAUAAAUUACCAAACCCAUGUUGACAGUCUGUAAAUAGAGAUAUUAUUGCAGCGUUAGAUAUGAAAUUCAUAUUCAAUGAUAAAAUCCAUACUAGUGUCAUGAAGUGUAAUAUUCUAUGAAAUAUAACAUAACCGAUAAAGCUCAUGGUUAGUAUAAUGAGUUAGUCACAAUCUAGUUAUAGUCAAAUUCUGAUAAGUCUACAAUCUAAUUAAAAUUAGAUGUUGGAUCCGCUCGCAUACUCGCUACAGUUUGUGUAGCGAGUAUGCAAGCGGAUCCAACAUCUAAUUUUAAUUAGAUUGAUAAGUCUAUUAACACAUUUAAGAUUACUUUUCUAUAAUUGGUAAUGGUUGGUAUCAGUGUACUUAUAGUGCAUUUCUGUAAAUG